GCAAGUUUGCGAGCAAAGCAAAGAUCGAAGGCAAACAUGCCAAGACGAAAAAAAGCUUCAAAAAAACACACGGAUAUCUCAAAAGCAAGCUCUGUUCCUCCUCAAAAUCAAGAUUGUUACGAAGGGGAACGUCUCGCUAGUCUGCUAAAAUCGAUUCGGAGGGAGACAGAGACAGCAAGACUCUUGGAUGGGAACUCCUUACCUGAAAAAGUAUGGUUCAAGCAACAGUUCUCAAUUGGGGUCAAUGAUGUCACUCGCGUCCUUGAACGCAUGGCACCAAUACCUCAAGUGGGAAGCUAUCCUGCUCAGCCCCAUUCAAUCAGCAGCAAUCGUAAAGUGUCUUCAUUUCAGCUUCAGGCCGUGUUGCUAGCUUCUGACUGCAACCCUCGGUGGCUCACAAAGCAUCUUCCAAGCUUGGCCUCAUCAAGGAGGGUUCCACUGAUCUAUGUCAAAGAUAAGAAAGGGGGCUCUUUAAGGUUAGGUGAACUUGUAAAACUCAGAACAGCCAUUGCUAUUGGAGUGAAGGCUACAGGAAAUGCCAUUAAUGAACUUUUUGGGAAAAUUCUUCAUGGCGAUGAAAUAAAUCGUGAAACCAAAUGCCUGAACACAAACGAAAUGCCGGAUGCAGCCGUCAGUGACACGUAAGAUGCACAGACAUGAAAGGAGUAAUGCGAACUCAUGGCAGAAAGGGAGAGCCGUCGGUCCAGAGUCAGCCACUUGAAACAAACUCGCACAGUUUGUUGGUUCUUGUGAGAUUUAUAGUUUCUUUCAGGACCCUGAAAAUAUGCAUGUCAACUUUUUGCAACGAUGUGGUUCUCUACUUUCCUCGGGCUUCAAAUUGGUCUUAUGUAUAUAUUUAUGUUCUUGGAAAUCACGGGGAUUCAUGAAAUGCUUUGAAAGCUAGAUAGAUAUUUGAUGUCAGUGUUCCAGACUUGCAUAUGAGACAAUAUGGUUGGAUUAGCCCCUUAUUUGUAUGUUUUAUAUAUUCAGUUUAAGCACAAA